AUGAGUCAUAUUCCCCCACCACCCUCUUUCUUACCUGCCCCACCCAAAUUCAAUGCCUUUGCCGAUUCCAACAACAACAACAAUCAAGCGUAUCAUCCACAAGCGGGAGGAUCGGGAUCGGUUUCCGGAUCAGGUGUGAAUGAUAAUUAUGGUGGAGGACAACAAAGGGAUAUGUAUGCGGAUCGCAAUAACAAUAACAACAGUAAUAGAAGGAAGGGAAGAGGUGGUGGAGGUGGAGGAGUAGGUGGAAGACGAGGUGGUGGAGGGGGAGGGGGAAGAGGAGGUGAUAGGGAGAGAAGUCCCGAUCGAGGUGGUAGAAGAAGACAUGUCGAAACUCGUUCCGUCGAAGAUCGUAUCCAAGCUGAGAGAGUUUGCAGAACACUUUUCGUCCGUAAUGUAUCUUACGAAGCUGAUUCAGACGCAUUACAACAUUCGUUCUCGACUUACGGUGAGGUCAAAACUUGGUAUGAUAGGAUUAAAGAGAGGGGUAUCAUCUUUGUGACUUAUUUCGACCUACGUGCAGCACAAAGAGCAAGAGAUGGUAUGCACAGUCUGAAAGCUGGUGAUAGACCCAUCGACGUGCAUUAUAGUCUACCAAGGGAUAAAGAUUUGAUUGGGGAUUGUGAUCGAGAAAAGAACCAGGGCUCGAUCCUCGUUUUUGUUCAUCCACCUAGAGUCAUCAACGAGUAUGAGCUGGGAAGGAUGUGCGAACAGUUCGGUGAUGUGAAAACUAUCAAACCUGGUAGAGAGCCCGCCGAGAAGAUAGUAGAAUAUUAUGAUUCAAGAGGAUCGGCGUUAUUCUACGAUAAGAUGUCCAAUCAACCUUUCCAAGGUGGGACUUUGGAAUUGAAAUUUAUAUGGGAUGAGAAAGAGGAUGCUUUGCCUCCGCCACCCAUUACGGAAAAAACAAGCACUAAUCACCCUUACCGAAGUGGUGAAGGGCCUGGGUAUGGCGAAGUCAGAGGCGGUAGACAUAACCAACCUCCCCCACCUCCCCUUCAGGGUGCGAGAGAUCCUCGUGCAAGAUCUCCAAUAAGAGGUAGUGAUAGACGAAGCUCGUACGGUUCCAAUCCACCUGGUCCAAGAAGGUAUGGUGAUGGACCGCCCUCUAUACCUCCCGGCGACGAUAGAUUGGAGCAAGCUCGUAAAGUCCAACAACUUUUGGCGAAUUUAGGUGGACCCAAUCCUUCUGGUCCACCCGCACCUCCUCCUCAAGGUGGGUUCCCUGCCAGGGGGCCCAUGCCUUCUCUGCCAUCGACGAUGAAUGGUCCACCACCUUAUCCACCGAGGGAUACAGGAUAUACACCUGGACCUGGACCCCCUCCUCCUAGCGGUAAUUACAGACCAGUACCACCACCAUCUAUCUCGCAAGGUGGGAAUAACAGUUAUCCACCUUAUCCACCACCACCUCAACAAAGUUACUCAAAUUCUAAUCCUGCUCCCAGUCCAUAUCCAUCGUCUGGACCACCUGGAAAUGGAUACAACCCCCUGCCGCCUCCACCAAGUCAGAACCCGUAUAACGUCCCACCUCCCAUCCAAGGAUCGUACGGUAACCCACCUCCCCCUCCGGCUAUCCAAAGUCCUUACAACCCAUCAACACCGGCACCUCAAAAUUACCCACCUUACCCACCUGCUUCUAAUGCCGGCGGUGCUGAUCCUCCUCCACCGGGACAAGGAUCAGGUCAAGGACAUAGAUAUGGACAAUCGUCCGGUGGAUAUGGUGGAUACCCAAUUCCACCUGCGCCGAACCCCAAUCCAGGUGGGUCGGUCCCUGGUCAAGCGAAAGAUGUCGGUAGUUUGUUAGCUAUGCUUGUGAGUGUUCUUUUCAAAACAGAAGUGGAUCGUAUGUUGAUCUAUCAUGAUGUUUGA